GUCUCCCAUCUCCACCACCCAGAUAUCCCAAGUCCCAUCUCCACCACCCAGAUCGCCCGUCUCCCAUCUCCACCACCCAGAUCCCCCCGUCUCCAUUCUUCACCACCCAGUUCCCAUUUCGUCUCCUCUCUCCAGCUCUCAGAUCCCCUGUCUCCCAUCUGCGCCACCUAGAUUCAUUGUCUCCCCUCUGUACAUCUCCAGAUCCCUUGUCUCCCGUCUCCACUCUCGAGAUCCUCUCUUGCCUCUCCACCCCUGCGUUUCCCUGUCUCUCCCCAGAUCCCAUCACCCACCUUGACCCUCCAAAUUACUGUCUGCACCCUAUUCCAUCUCCCCACACCACCCUCCAGAUACCCUGUCUCCCCUCCACCCCAUAGAUCCCUUGCCUACCCCCCAUGUAUCCUGUCUCCCCUCUCCACCCACCAGAUCCCCUGUCUCCCCUCUCUUACCCCACCCCCCGAUCCCCAGACUCUAGUUUCAGAACCAGACACACAGAUUGCUGGAGAAUCUCUGCAGAUCGGACAGCAUCCACGAAAGCGAAGGAACGGUCAAUGUUUUGGACCGGGAAAGGAAGGGGGAAGAUUUUCAGAAUAAUAUGGUGGGGGAAGGGGAAUAUGGAUAAGCCAGAGGGUGACAGAUGAAGUCAGAUAUGUGGGGGAAGGAGGAUGAGCUAAGACGCUGUGAUGUGAGGAGAGGGCUGGAGAGAAAGGAAUCUUUUUGCAAAGUUGAUCAUGGGAAAAAGGAAAGGAGAAGGGGAUCCAGUGGGAGGUGAUAGAUAGUUGAGGAAAAGAGGUAGGAGACCAGAGUAGGGAAUUGAAGAAGAGGGGAGGGGGAGAGAAAAGAUUGCUGGAAGUUGGAAAUAUUGACGUUCAUGCCAUCAGGUUGGAGGCUACCUAGACAGAGUCUGAGAUGUUGCCCCUCACUGAGAGUGGUCUCUUCGUGGCGGAAGAGGAUUUGGAAUGGGAAUGUGGCCACUGGGAAUUCUUGCUUUGUGUGGAUGAAGUUGCUCUUGUAGCCUGACAGAGGUGUUCCUUUUGCAUUAUGAACCUUAAACUAGAGGUGCUUCUGUCUGCCAGCAUUAAGCAGAAGAAACCUUGGCCGCGCCUGCACUGGAUUGGACAGGAGAAGGAGGCCAUUCUACUGAGUGAUGAGCAGCAACUGAGCGUGCUCAACCUGUCUACAGGCCGGACACAGAGGAAGAUACCCAAGGUGCAGCCCCUGCUGAAGAACGUGCUGAGUGUUGCCACCUCUGCCAGCGGUACCUGGCUGGCAGGAGUGUUGACGACAGGAGAACUCUUCCUGUGGAAGAAAGAUGCGGACUGUCUGAAGACGGUGGGGACAGUGGAAGAGGUGGGCACAUUGACAGCAGCUGCCCAGGAGUCUGCUGUAAAGCUGUUCUUGUUCGUGUCGAACAAUGGGAAGCGGCUUCUCUUGCUCAGUCAGACAGGCACAGCAUUUCUUUGGGAGAGUACUGAGCAGCAAGAUUUGCCAGAUGUUCCUGGACCACGACUGAAUGGGCAGUGGGCUCAGAUUUUACCCAGUGACCAGGUCAGACUUCCCCAGGGAGAAGACGAGGAGAGCGCCGUGCAUGCGGUCUUUGUCACUGAUGAGGUACUGGGUGACUGCUGCUUCUGCUCCUUCGCCUUUGUCUACAGUGACGCUCUGGUGUUGACCACCUUGAAAGUGAAGUGGUUUGAGCAAGUGGAACGCUGUGUUAGUACUGUGCCGUUCUGUGCACAAUGGACAACAGAGGUCCAGGACCUGGGGGUCCUGAGCCCAGCCUGUCAGCCGGUGAAGUUGAGAGGAGCGCUGCUGUCUGCCUUCUCUGGGGACGCGCUGGUGCUGGCUGUUGUUAUUAAUCAGAAUGAUCCCAAGGCCACUCAGGUGCUGUUUGUGAACCCGAUGAAUGGGGUGGCCGUGUCGAGCAGCCUGCAGGGUUGUGGCAGCAGUGAGUGCCCCGUGCCAACCAACUUUAUAAGAUCCUACUGGGUGGGAGGAGUGAGCUGGACACAUGAUGCCCUCUUCCUCGCCUGUGUACUGGAGCGUGGAUCAGUGCUGCUCCUGUCCCGACUCGGGGAGCUGAUGACCCUCACCACGUUUGGCAGCUCUGUGGAGUUUGGCCCAGCAGAAUUCAUCCCCCUGCAUCCAUUAAUAACGUACAGGCAGCCGGUGCCUCAGGUCGCUGACCACACACAGACCAGUGGCUCCCCCACUUCAGAAAGUGACUCAAUGAGGCAGCGCUUUUCCCUGGCAGCCCAUCCUUGCCUACCCUACCUCAUUGUGUCCGAUGGUUACAUGUUUACUGUUCUACGGUUUGCAGAACACGUUUCUGCAUCAACCCUUCUGAAGUCCCUGUUACUGGACGUGACCCAGGGCCUAGAGGAUGUACAGGACCUGCUGCUGAGCACUGAGGGGGCAGACCCGAAGCGCCGGAUACCACUCAUGACUUCCCUGAGCAGAAGUGUCCUACAGGGAUGGGGAACACAGGAUCCUGGAACGUGGACACCCCCUCCAUUCUUAAAGGACCGAAAAUCAGAAGACGAUGAGGCUGAGGAAGGUGAUGAAUCUGAAGAUGAUGCUCCAUGCCCCAGGGCUCACAGCAUGAUGGACCAGGGCCACCUGGAAUUUGCCUCCAUGUUUGACACCCUCCAUGCCAAGCAGGGUGAACAGGCCAACCAGCUGGAGGCCAAGCUGGGACAGGUUCAGAACAGCCUGUUGCUGGCCUGGAGUUUGGGGAUGUCCAUGAAAGAGGUUGAGGGCAGGCACCUGCUCAUGCAGUACACAGUCCGUGCCAUAUUGCAGUUUGCCCGCCUGCUUCCAUUUGUCCCGGCCUCUGUGCCGAGCUCAGUGGUAAAUGUGAAGGGUAAACUGGUGAGCAAAGCCCUGAGAAGAAGCUCUGGCAUUUACCGGACCCUGCAGCUGCUGCAGUAUUGCCUGACUGUGCAGUACUGGGACUCGGUACACAAACAUUGCCUUGCUCACGUGGUGAGCCUCUCAUCCGGCAUUGUGAAAUUAAUCCUCUCAGGAAAGUUGGGAGUGUCACCCUCCUCACAGUCACUCCUGAGCAGCCUUCUGGUGCUCAAGCUGUCUUCUCUCCAUCUAAAUGCAGUGUAUUCUCUGCAGGCUGAGAACACACAACGCUCCCAGAAUGCUGUGUCCACCUCCCUCCGAGCAGCAGAUCCUGAGAACAAGCUUUGCAAUCUCACACUAACAGAGCUGCCUUUUCAGACCAUGCAAACUGCCCAGGCACCAUCACACAGGCUAGCUUUUAUCUGGCGACUCUUGUACCAACAUGUGUUGCAACAUCAUUCCCAUCUCCGGAAACUCCAGAGACAGUCAAACAGAGGCAGCACCAGGAAGAAACUUAAUCGUGAAUUGGAUAUCCUAACAUCAGUCCUUUCCCAGGCUCAGGCUGCCAUGCAGACAAUGGGAGAGAGACUGGGAACACAGCGGCAACUCAAACCAUUCAUGGGUGAGGAGCAUUUCCUUUUGGGUUCCUACCUGGAGUCUGUGCACAUCUGGAAGACCGCCAUGCAGGAGGAGAUAGGCAGUGGAGGAAAGAGACUGGUCUACCUACAGACUAGAUACAGUCUGGCCAUUCUCUACACUCACCUGUACCUGUACAACCUGAGUGCUGCCCAAGACCUCUGCGAACAGCUUCUGAGGCACAUGCUGAGUGCAGAGCAGACAAGUGUCUCCCCAGGCCUGGGUAUUGGCGAUGUUGCUGCUGUGGCAGUACUUCAGUCUCUGUCUCGAUUCAUGGCCCUCUAUUUCACUAACCAGCCUCUCUAUGUGCUGCCCCCUCACCACAUCGACGUACUGCCUCCCCUGCACUUCAGACCUGGUUGCCUGCCCCGGCUGGUCCCCGUCGAUCGGUCCCGUGUAGCCGCAGCAGUGCGUGAGCAGCACCUGUCUGCCAUCUGGAGUGUGGAACGUGCAGUGGAGCUGAUGCUCAUUGCCAGGCUCCUCCCUGAAGCUGUGUGGGUGGCACUGAGACUCGGUGACUGGAAGGCUGCAGUGGUGCUGGGCCUGGCUUUCAAUCUGUAUGAGAAGCGGAUUCCUCCGUACGCCCGAAGUCAUUGGAGAUCACUCCAUCUAACAAGAGAACUUCAUCCAUCCCAGAUCUUCCAAGAUAAACUCUGGGCACUGUUGGGUCAUGCACCAAAGGCAGAUGUGGCUUUGCCAGAUUUAACCAUGGCUCCGGGUGCCGGCACCAAGCUGUUGACAGAUUCCAUCGAGGAGGAGGACACUGAAGUAAUGUUCAACUCAGUACAGGAAAUCCUAAAGGCAGCUGUGAUGGCAGAUGCAGACGUGCUCUCAGGGACCUUUGACCUUCUGAUGCAAACGGUGAAGGGCCUUGCUGCGUGGCUACCCGGGCUGGUGCCUGAUGGCUUGUACCUGCCUGCUCCUCCGCUGUAUUGCCCUCAGCCAGCUGUGCUCAGUGAGGCUAGCGUGGAGGACCUCAGCUUAUCCAGAGAGAGAGGAAGUCGGCAGAAACUGUCAGGAGUCCUGCAGCGAGUCCUUCUGCUGCUGCGGGCUGCCCGGUGUUCCCUUCCAGCUGCUCGCUGGUACAUUGGGAAACUCCAACACAGCCGAAAGAUCAUGAACAAGAUCAGGAAGAAGUCUGGUCUUGGUCCACUUCGUCCCUUCCCUAACUCUCUGCUACAGUACAGUAAAGCCCAGAGUAGCUUCUUCAGGCCAGGAGCCAGGGACCACGGACACUCCGAUGUCAUCUCUGUGAAGGUUGUUGGCUCCUUCCGUGACCUCUGUGCGUUGUGUUGGAUGUUCCACGUCCGCGAGCAGCUGAGCGAGAGGUGUCGCAGGUUCCAGGCAGCCAGAGACAGUGCCAGAUCCUCUCAGGACAGUGAGCUGGCAGCUGAGUACGAUGCCGCUGUGGUUGACCAUUGCCUGGCAUCCCUGGAGUGGGCCUGUCGAAUGCUGCCCUUUGCCAGGUUCAUGAAUGUGGAAGAGCUCAUACAGGAUAUCGUUCUCAGCCUGGUUAAUGAACUUCCUCCCAUCAAGAAGGUGGCUGAAAUUGUGCUCAGGGCCUUUCCUGAUGCAGAAGAUGUUCGGGUGCCUUUGAGAGACAAGUACCACACGUUGCAGCAGCGUUUGCGACACAGCAUAGUGCAAGGCCCCAGUGGAGAGGAGAUGAUGUCAGUGGUGUUGCAUGAACUGCACCGGCAGAGGAUGAAGAUGUCGAGACGGGUGGUGCAGAAUAUCGGCCCCAGAGAGCUGCAUAUAUGGGAACGGGCUGAAGAGGGUUCGAGAGAACGAGAGGAUGAGGUGCACGACCAGUUCUCUUCAGGGACCAGUCUGAGCAGAAGCACUCUGACAGACACCUGGAGAUCGCAGACCCAGAGUGAAGGGGACACAACAGACAAUGUGUCAGUGGAGCUUCACGACAUGAGCAAGCGGCAGGGCAGUGCCUGGCAGCAAGCAGGCACCAUGGCCAGGGACACACAGUCCAGUCAGCAAGGGACAUUGGGAGCCAGAGAUGAUGGUCCAGAGUACAGGGAGUCCAGAACGUCCCAAAUCGAUGGGGAGAUAGGGGAUGACGAACCUCAGCCGCCCCUGGUGGGGUCAUGGGAGUUUGAGCUUGAUGACGAGGAGUACGUGGACUUUCUGGAGCUGUUCCUGACCUACCUGUUGGAGAGAGAUCAGGUCGUGAAUGAGGGCCCCAACAUCCCACUGCUGACCAGCUGCUCCAAAUACCUGAGGGAACAGGAACUCAACUCGCUGGCUUUCCAUGUCCAGGGCACCCUAAAGCGGCGACAGGGCAGACUUAGAAUGUCUGAGGACACUUUCAUAGCAAGGAGUUCUUCUAGCUUAACAUCUGAACUGCCUCAGAAUGAGAGCGUGAGCUGUGGGGAAAGGACAAAGGCUACUGUCUUCUCCCCUGUUCCAGGCACACCCCACUCCAUCAGCCGCCCACCAGUGCCUCCUGCUGAGGGCAGUCUUCACAGCUGCUUUCCUGCUGUCAUCACUCAGGGUAGGGGCAGAACCAGGGGUUUGUUUGGUUCAUGGCCGCAGGCUGUAUCCGCUCCACAAGAUGUGUCCAGGCAGUGGGGUACACUGACCGACAGUCUGCUGGCCCCUGAGUGUCUGUCAAUGACAUCCCUGUUGAACCAGGACCUCACUCCUGAUUUGGAGGCUAGGUUUCCAGACAUGGCCAAACUGCUGGAGUGGAUGGUUCGAUGGUCAGACCGGAAGCUGCUGUAUGGGCCGCACAGAGUGGAGAUGCUGCCCGUCCACAGCUCUGCCAUCCGAGUGAGGACGUCUGUGACUGCCAUCCUUCACUCCCUGUGGCUGCUGGAUAAGAGCCUGGACAUUGACACGUCUCGCCUGAAUACCUACAAGGACUCUGAAGAGGAGCAAGUUACAAAUUGUGUCUGCCAGCCCAAGCUGAAGUUGGGCAGGAAUGUCGGUUCCUCUGGGAUACCCAAGGUGGGGUGUGGCAUUGACAUUGGCAGAAAUGUUGAACCUUUCCAGCAGUCAGAUCAUGCAGAAGCCGUUCAGGUGCUGGAGUCUGGUGAUGCGGAUCUCCAUGGUAGACAGGAUAUGACAUCAGAUUCUGACAGCAGAACUGAUGAAGAGGAGUCAGGGGCUGGUCCAACAUCGCCUCCUCUGGAACAAGGUGCCAAGCUCUCUACAGCCAGAGUGGACGCGGAGGAUGAGGGGGAGCCAGGACUGUGCACUUCCUUCAGCCCUGAUAUAUCCAUCAGCAUCACACCCAAGCCUAGGGCAAGGCUCAGAAACAGGGUCAUGGUGGAUGCAGAGGGUGCCCUGGAUGAGCCAGUCAGGAAGGACCUUUGGGAAAAGUUGGACAUAUCCAUAGGCAUGGAUCCCAGAGAUCAUGGAAAACAAGUAGAUAAUCCCAAAGGAGCAGAUCGCAGCAGGAGGAAGAGUAAACCCAGGGGCUUACGUCACAGACAGAAGGAAAAUAAACUCACAAGCAGAGAUCCUAAAGAGCAAUUGGAUAAUCCCAGGGGCUCUGGUCCCAAAGAGCAGACAGAUGAGUCCAGAGACUGGAUGCAUAAGCCCAUAGACACUGAUCCCAGAGAUGGAAUGGAUAAGCCCAGGGGCCCUGAUUCCAAACAGCAAGUGGAUGAGCCCACAGACCCCGAUCCCAGGGGUCAAAUGGAUGAGCCCAGGGGCCCCAAUUCCAGACAGCGAACGGAUGAGCCCACAGACCCCGAUCCCAGAGACUGGAUGUAUAAGCCCAUAGCUGAGGCUCCUGGUCAGCGAUUGAAUGGACACAAGACUGCAAGCUCUGACUGGGUGUAUCCCUCCCUGGAGCAGGCUGAUUCAGGAGGUCAGUCCAUGUCUGGACAGGUUACUAAUGACUGUGAGGAGACCCCUGUCACCCAGGCCACGGCAACGAUGUUCCAAGGAACCACCACCUCUGACGUCAGACAUUUUCUUCAUAGUGAGAUGUUUAAACUGGUUCAGCUUCAGCAAAUGAGCUUCAUGAGCCUGAUGCAGGCGGUUGGAUCGUCGUUGCUGCAAGUACCUGGCUCUCAGCCAUCAGGGUCCAUACCCAGCCACAUCAUUGCUCCAACAGCACCUCAUCCCAGCAUGAACCCACCUCCCACCAAACACGAGGCUGCCCCAGGAGAACAGGAGUGCAAGCGAGUACCUGUGGAAGACUGUCUAUCCCUUCAGAGACCCAGCAGCCUACCAGAAGAAAGAACUGUUCAGCACAGGAGCUCAGAGAAUUUACCAGCCCACCCAAGGCCUGAAGACGCUGGUGUGGGUGGAAGACAAUGGCUCCCUAAGGUUCUGCAUACAACUCUGCCCCAGCCUCUACUCCCAGGCAGUCAUGGAGCCCCCUGGCAGCCAAUUCCCAGGCCCUGUUCCAGCCCUGGGCUCCCACUGUUGCACCUGCCACCCCAGGGUCAGCUGAGACAUCCCCCAUUCACCAUCCCUCCGCCACGAGAAGCCUGGGCACCCCCUACCCUUGGGUCACAGCCCUCCAUUCCCCCUCACCUGAACACAGCUGCAUACAAGACAGAGAUGCCCAGCCGGGCUGAGGAUGGUGGGUGGAGGGAGAGCCUGACCAGAGACCAGCUCUCACUGAGGGCAAGAAGACCCCGGAGCCUCCCUCCACACAGCCUAUACCCCCCGCGGCGAGCCCUGCCUCUCCUCCACCUCCCUCAGCCUGCACACACCCCACUCUUCCCACUCUCUCUGGCCCACUGUCUCCCCGCACAACAGAAGCUUCCAGCAACCCCACUCUGCUACAACAACCACUGUCUGGAACCCCAGGUGUCUGUGCUCCACCCACCAAGGUUGGUCCCAGCUCAGGACAUUAUUGCCUUUGAACAAGGCCGUCUGCACCGAGCUCAACAAAGCCCAGGAGGGACACGAGCUGAAACCUUCCACCUGCUGAGGGUGAAUCUGCAGCCGUUCGAGCCCAGCUCUCAGCGCAAUGAGAAACAGAGGCUGAGGCGACGAGAGAGACGAAGAACAGAGAAGACAGUUCAUAAAGCAUCACAACCCAAGCAAUCUGUGAGCAACCCUGACCCACCCUCUCCCCCUGCCGAAAGCAGAAAGGAACCAGUCGAUGUUCCACCUGAAACAGUCAAUGUUCUGCCUGAACCUGAUCCUUCAGAAUGUGGGACCAUCCCGCGAGGUCCGAGUGUUUCCUUCCAGUCUGACCAGGACUUGCCGAGCUACCCCUUUAUAACUGCUGCGGAACUGCACUGCUUUGCAUCCACCAGGAAGAAUGCUGAGGAGAGGAGGGACGCCAGUACCAACACGGAGACCCUGACCCAGACAUCCACAGCUCCUAAAUCGUACCGGGAUGCUGGGAUUCUAGCCUGCUCUGAGACUGAAAACCAUCCACCAACCGCCGCUGCAGCUCCUAAAUCAUACCAGGAUGCUGGGAUUCUCGCCUGCUCCGAGAUCGAGGACCAUCCACCGGCAGCCGCUGCAGUGCCACAGCCUCGGACUGGUGAGCCUCAGUUUCAGGUCCUGCCUCCAGACGUCAUUGUGAACCUCCGGUUUCCAGGUGAAGAAUGCCAGGAAUCUCAAUUCCUACCCACAUCUGAGCAGGCUUUGCCCGGUCACAGCUUCCUGACAAUUGCUGACAUUGAUGCCAGCGAGCUGCUGCCCAAUCUGCCAACCAGCGCUACCGAGACCGAACCACUGCCCUCAGCACAGGAUGAGCCCUUGUCCAUUCCUGCUCUACACAUGAUGGCUGCCUCAGUGACGAAUGCUGCUCCAAUGAGCACUUGCCUGCUGCAGGAGAGCCCAUGCGGUGGCUCAGCGCAGUCCAGCCACGAGGGCUGCGAGCAGCAGCUGGCUAUGGAUGAGCUAACACAGAAACUCUUACAAAAGAAGAACUCCCCAGCAUGGGCACCCCCCCAAGCCUCUACCCGUGUUACCCACCAGGUCACAGCCCAGCUGAGUGAGAUGGAACUGCAACUCAGUGCCCUGCAGGACAUUGCCAUAAGCAUGGAGCAGGAUUUUGCCAACACCAAAAUGCUGAUAAACACCAUCGAGCACCUGGGCUGUGCAGUCGAUCUGCGGGGACCAACAGACCACUCCGAUUCACCGCUGGCACAGGUAGAUUUGUGCGUGACCUGUGAGCCAGCUGAGGAGGAGCCUGUGGACCGGUGUCCCCUGUGUGAAGCUGCCGGAUCCUGCCAGAGCAGGUGUCCAGUCCUGUCCACCCAACCCCUCACAGGCCAGGAGGCAGCUGAGGCAAAGCGGACCACUGGAUGCUGUGAACACUGGAGCUCAAACCGACGUACCAAUGGCGGAUCUCCGCGAGUACUGGCAGCAGCAGCAGCUACCCUGGGAUCCAGGGGGGGUGAUGGCUCGGCCCAUCUCUCCUCCUGGUCACCUCUCACCCCAGUGUCGCCUCUCAUCCAGGAGGAAGCAAGGGGCAAGAUGGUGCGAGGAGGACAGGACCACCGCUCAACACCCGCUGAUAACAGUCGGCGGUGUGCUGAUCACAGUGGACCAAUCGGAGAAACAGAGAGAGUCCCGGACGAGCGGCUCGAUCUAAGUGGGGUCAGCGAUAUCAUUGGCGAUCUGCUCAAUGAGGGCAAACUCUCCGCAGAGGCCAUGGGACUGAGCCAGGGGCAGGCCCAGUACCUUUCCAGAUGCUCCAAGGUUCCAAAGAGAAGUGAACAGGAACGGAAGGAGAUCCAGGAGUGGAUGAUACGCAAGAGGCGGCAGAGACUUGAAGCUUAUCUGGGGAAUCGGAAUGAAUUGAAGGAAAGGGAACGAAGACCGUACGUUAUAAAGGAUAAGAGGAAAACUUUCAGCAGCAGAGAAAUCAAAGAAAAUCAGAAGAAAACAGCAAUGAGGAAAAGGGUUACUCUGGUAGAGAACCGUGAGCAGCGAACUCGCGCAGCCCUGUCCCUGAUGAACGAGAUGUUGUCUGACUCUGCUCAACUUUUCGGUGCUCAGCCCAGGGCUCGAGCUGAAGGGCCCGACAGGACUGCUGAGCGGAGCCAGGGCCGACCGGGCAGCUCAGCACAGGGGAGGGGAGCUGCCUCCCACAGUAUGUCGGCCUCUGGAAGACGUCACAGCUUCUCAGGCACCUUCUCCCUGGGACGGGCCUGUCCAGUCUCUUCACCAGGACAGGGGCACCAACCGGGUGGGCCCAUGCUCCAGGAACACCUUCCUGAUGAGGAUCAGAGCGACUCCGACUCGCUGUCACCAUGGAGCCCCCCGGAAUAUAUCCAGGAUAUCCUGGACCGGGAGACUCAUCCCUUCCUACAGGGAGGUGACAAGGAGGAGAGGGUGCGUGCAGCCGAGCAGGACCUGUGCGAGGUUCAGUUUGACACCACUGACACCAUCCUGUGUAGCCUGGACUGGAACGUCGUUAACAACAUGAUGCUGCUGCGAGUGUCCAGUGAUGUGGACUUGGUUUUCUAGAACAGCAGCACAAGGUCUGCUGGAGAAUCAUCUACAGGCCACUAGGCUGGCAUCAAACUACUGCUUCACACCAAACCUAGACAGGAUUGUUUCCGUGGAAAAAUCAGUCCUCAGCCUUUUGUCCCAAAUAAAAACUAACAUUUCCAGAGAGAGUUCUGGGAUUAAUUUUAAAGGGUCGCCAUUAACCUUCUGGGUUGAAAUCUUCACACUCGAAUCCCCACAUACGAUGCUAUCAUCAGAAUAAAACUCUCUGUGGCAGGACACUGCUGCUACAUGAUUCAAAGAGCAAUUUUAAUAUUUUUUAUAGUAGGACAAUAUUUUCAAAGAAAGGUAACUUGAGUGCUCCAGAUUCCUGCUUCUACGGUCUCCUGUGUGCCCAGAUCCUUUGGCAGGUUGGGUCAGCUAGAGACUGACUGAAUGUCUGCAGCGGUGGGCUGUGUGACAGAAGCUGUGCUGACGCAGUCCUGCCCCCACUCAGUGUCCUGGGAGAAAGAUGAGUCAUAGUGCGUCUCCUAAAAACUCUCUAUAAUUUGCACAUUAAGGAUUCUGUUUAACACUAUCACCAAACUGGACAUCUUAUAAAAGAAAUCACAACACUGGGAAAAUUAACAGUAAUAGUCAGCGUGGUUUGGGUCCUGAGUGUUGCUCUGAAGUCAGACUUCUGUCUUCCAUUCAAAAUGAUGUGAAUGGUUUAUCUCUCUCCACAUCCUGCAGGAUAUAGUAAUGUAAAAGGUGACAGCAAUGGAGAGAAAUUUCAGUAGGGAAUGCGCAUUAUCCCAGUGAAACAUGCAGAAAAAACCUGAAGGUCAAGGCCUGCAUUCAACACUCCUUUGUCGACAUCUUCUGAAUAGAUUACGGAACCUUUUCUUCCCACUUCAUUUAUGUCUUUUACAUUUGUUUCUCAUCUGGAACUGCUGGAGCCCGUGCUUUGCUGUUUGGAGAUCGGUUGGGGGCUUCAGCACUCUACAGUCUCUGAGAUUACAGGAGACAAAGGCAGCAUGAGUGCACCUCACGGUGAGAAGGCUGCAGGCCAAUGUUUGACCCCAUUUCACCAAUUAAAGCGACGAGGUUGACUGAAACACCAAGGAGAGUGCGAAAUUUUGGAGGUUGUUAGGGUGGUCCAGCACUCUGCAGUCUCUGAGAGGAUUUCAGGAGGCAGCAUCACCAACCUCGUAGCAGACAAGCUGCAGGAUGCAGCAAAGCUGAUGUUUGGCUGCAUUUCACCGAUCUGAGCUCCAACCGAAGCAACAAGGGCGAUUGAGGUGUCGAAGCCAGUGCAGAGGGUGAGCAGCAGCCGCUUGUCUUUUGAUCAGUACCGGAGAGGGAAUGGCCUGUUGCUGCUUCUGGGCUCAGUGAGUAUUAUCCAGGUUUUUUUGGAUUUGGACUUUGGACUAUAGAUUUUGUUCUUCAGUCUUAUAGCUUUUAUAUUCUAUGUUUUAUCGCCUGAUCUGUCUUGGUCAUUUUUUUUGUUGAGGGGGAUUUGGGGACUGACAUGCCUACUUCAUUUUUGUUUGUUUUUUUACAGAGAGGUGGGAUUUGGGGGUUGAUGAUCACGUUGCCUUUCUUUUCGUGCUUGGUUCCAUGGCUACUCGGAGAACUGAAGAAUUUUGGAGUUGUAUACUUUGAUAAUAAAAUGAGCCUUUGAACUUCAUA